UGAAAUCGCCAUUGCAUGCAGAUUUUCUUGCUGUGUAGCGUGCAUUCGGAUUAUUUUUUUGAAAUCUUAUUUUGUAAAUAAAUUCGCAUACAAGUCAUGGGUGUCAACGUUGAGACAAUUUCUCCUGGCGAUGAGUCAACAUACCCAAAGACUGGGCAGACUGUGGUGGUCCACUACACCGGGACACUGACAAAUGGACAGAAGUUUGACUCAUCGCGCGACCGUGGCAAGCCCUUCAAAUUCAGGAUUGGCAAAGGAGAGGUCAUCAGAGGCUGGGAUGAGGGUGUUGCUAAGAUGUCGGUUGGAGAGCGUGCAAAGUUGACAUGCUCCCCUGACUACGCGUACGGCCAGCAGGGUCACCCUGGUGUCAUCCCACCAAAUUCCACCCUCAUCUUCGAUGUGGAGCUCAUCCGCCUUGAAUAAAUAAUCUCUCCAACACCAUCUCUAUCAUUCAUUAGACAUGUUUUAACUAAGCCUUAGUAAAUGGAAAAUAAGAAAUCUAAAUAUUGUAUGACUGUACUUAGACAUUCUACAUGAGGAAACUAUGUACCUGGUAUUGUCUAUAGCCACACAGGUUUAAUUGAACAUAGUCAAUUAAGAUAUUUUAAUAUUUCUUAUUCUUUUCACUUUUAUCUGUGGUUAAAGAAUUUUUUAACACCCACAUUUUUGCCCCAAGAUAUUUACUGCUCAAAUUCAUAAAUGUCAUUGAAUAAUUAUAGAAAAGUAGAUUAUCCUGCAUGUUCAAUAACAUCACCAUAGUGCAUAAAUUUAUCAAUUAAUGUAUGGCUUAAUCAUUUAAGUUACACUUUAUAAUAUUUUUAAGAAUGUUGCCAGUAAAACGUACAAAGUAAUUAUUAAUGACAACUGUAAUUCAUAUUUUUUAAACGGGCCACUAAUAUAACAUUCCAAUUGCAUUUACAAUUUGUAUGAUGUAUUAAAAUGUAUUCCUUUGUAAGUUUAUGCAAUUUAGCAUGAUAUUCUAUAUAUUGGUCAACCAUUUAAUAAUUAUUUGAAAUAAUUUAUGGUAUAUAAAAUGUGAUCAUUGUGCAAUCUGAGAGUGUUAAGUCGCAUUUAUGUCUUGGGUUAAUAAAAAUAGACUACAAAGUUGUUUGGCACAAAUUUUACAUCCAUUUCAGAAUGAAAAAUCCUAUAUAGGUGGUAUGUCUUUAGUCUGGAAAUUUGUGCCGAGUAUUUCGUAGCAACACCGAAUAAUUAUGGCAGUACAGUACUUUAAUCAUACGGGGUUAAGUUAUAAAAUAGAUAUACAAUGGUAUUAAAUUUCAUGAUAUACUAUGUAGGUAGACCUUACCUAGUAGUCAUUUUAAUUGUGUAAAUAAUAGUGUCCUGCAACUAUGAACUCGUCUGGACUUUCUGAAUCUAUUCAUUGUAUUUCUUAAAACCAAUAAGCUUUAUCAUACGUACAUUAAAAUUAAGAAAUAAACUUUAUCGUCAGAUAAA